GCUGCCCUAGCCACGAACGCGUCGCAGUCGCAUUCCAAUCAGCUCGAUAGAAAAAAAAAAAAAAACAGCCAAAGAGCUCCAGUGCCAAAGUGAACCAGUUAUUGCAUUUCUUCCAAUUGUAAUUAAUUUAUAGUUAGAGAUGGAUCGGUCCCGCGUGCCCUUGUUGUUAAGUCCCUAUCAAAACCGGCCCUGGAUGGUCAAUGAUGGAGCUGCUGCGGCGGCAGCAGGUGGCUCUAAGGGCCUGAAGGGCAUUGUUGCCGGUGGUAUUACCGGCGGCAUUGAGAUCUGCAUUACAUAUCCCACCGAGUACGUGAAGACGCAGCUGCAGUUGGAUGAGAAGGGGGCCAAUAAGCGAUACAACGGUAUUGCUGACUGUGUGAAGAAGACGGUGAGUGAACGCGGCUUCUUCGGACUAUAUCGUGGCCUCAGCGUUCUAGUCUAUGGUAGCAUACCCAAGUCGGCGGCCAGAUUUGGGGCCUUCGAAUACCUGCGCUCUAAAGCUGUCAAUUCUCAGGGCCAACUGAGCAAUUCUGGCAAAUUGCUCUGUGGUCUGGGCGCUGGUGUCUGUGAGGCUAUCGUUGCGGUCACCCCCAUGGAAACCAUCAAGGUGAAGUUCAUCAAUGAUCAGCGCAGUGCGAAUCCGAGAUUCAAAGGCUUCGCCCAUGGCGUCGGCGAGAUAAUCAAAGCGGAGGGCAUCAGCGGCAUUUAUAAGGGUCUUUCAGCAACGAUCUUGAAGCAGGGCUCCAACCAGGCCAUUCGCUUCUUCGUCAUGGAGUCCCUGAAGGACUUAUACAAGGGCGAUGAUCCAAAUAAAUCAGUGCCCAAAUUGUUAGUGGGCGCGUUUGGUGCCGUUGCUGGUGCUGCCUCCGUAUUUGGUAAUACGCCCUUGGAUGUGGUCAAGACCCGUAUGCAGGGCCUCGAAGCUUCCAAGUAUAAAAAUACGGCGGAUUGUGCAUUGCAAAUAUUCCGAAACGAAGGUCCAGCGGCAUUUUACAAGGGCACAGUGCCCCGUUUGGGACGUGUGUGUCUGGAUGUAGGCAUCACCUUUAUGAUCUACGAUUCAUUUAUGGAGGUUUUCAACAAAGUUUGGAAGGACUAAAUUUAAAGUUAAUAUGUAGUUAUUGGCGUGCAUCUUACGUCAUCAUCGUUCGGACCUAUUCAACGAAUGUGAAAAAUUGUAAUGUAGAGUCAUGUGUAAAUUGCGUGUAAGAGUUUCUGACCAGAGCAUUUGACAACGAAUUGUAAAUAGGAAAUAAAAUUCAAUGUUGUAGUAA